UCUGCUCUUGCCCAGGACACCAUCAUGUCUUGCCGCUCCUACAGAGUCAGCUCUGGUCGCUGUGUGGGCAACUUUAGCUCCUGCUCAGCAGUGACCCCUCAGAACCUGAACCGCUUCCGGACCAGCUCUGUCUCCUGCAGGAGUGGGCCCAGCUUCCGGGGUCUUAGCAGCUUCGGCAGUCGGAGCGUCAUCAACUUUGGAUCAUGCUCACCCCGGAUAGCAGCUGUGUGCCCUCGACCCACCUGCUAUGGAGUUGGCUUCGGUGAUGGAAGUGGUGCUGGUCUGGGGUUUGGGGCAGGCAGUUGUGUUGGCCUGGGGUUUGGAGCCAGAAGUGGUCUCGGCUAUGGCUUCUGCAGUCCUGGCUUUGGCUACCGAGUUGGAGGAGUUGGAGGGCCAGCAGCCCCAUCCAUCACAGCAGUGACUGUUAACCAGAGCCUGCUGACCCCACUCAACCUGGAGAUUGACCCCAAUGCCCAGAGAGUGAAGAGGGAUGAGAAGGAGCAAAUCAAGACCCUCAACAACAAAUUUGCCUCCUUCAUCGACAAGGUGCGGUUCCUGGAACAGCAGAAUAAGCUCCUAGAGACAAAGUGGAACUUCCUCCAAGAGCAGAAAUGUACCAAGAGCAACCUGGAGCCCCUCUUUGAGAGCUACAUCACCAACCUACGCAGGCAGCUGGAUGUAGUGAACAGUGACCAGGCCCGGUUGGAGGCUGAGAGGAACCACAUGCAGGAUGUCCUUGAGGGCUUCAAGAAGAAGUAUGAAGAGGAAGUGGUACUUCGGGCCAAUGCUGAGAAUGAGUUCGUGGCUCUGAAGAAGGAUGUGGAUACAGCGUUCUUAAGCAAGGCUGAUCUAGAGGCCAAUGUGGAUACCCUAAUUCAGGAAAUCGACUUCCUGAAAACCCUGUACACAGCGGAAAUCCAGUUACUACAGUCACACAUCUCAGAGACAUCAGUCAUUGUGAAGAUGGACAACAGCCGGGACCUGAACGUUGACGGGAUCAUCGCCGAUAUCAAAGCCCAGUAUGAAGAGAUUGCCAGACGCAGUCGGGCUGAUGCGGAGGCCUGGUACCAGACUAAGUACGAGGAGAUGCGAGUGACAGCUGGUCAGCACUGUGACAACCUACGCAGCACUCGGGAUGAGAUCAAUGAGCUGAACCGGCUGAUCCAGAGGCUGAAGGCAGAGAUCGAGCAUGCCAAGGCUCAGCGCUGCAAGCUGGAGGCCGCCGUAGCCGAGGCUGAGCAGCAGGGAGAAGCUGCCCUCAAUGAUGCCAAAUGCAAGCUGGCAGAGCUGGAGGGUGCUCUGCAGCAAGCCAAGCAGGAUAUGGCGCGGCAGCUGAAGGAGUACCAGGAGCUCAUGAACGUCAAGCUGGCCCUGGACAUUGAGAUCGCCACCUACAGGCGCCUGCUGGAAGGCGAGGAGAUCCGGAUCUGUGAAGGUGUUGGACCAGUAGACAUAGCGGUGAGUAGCUCCCGGGGCGGCCUGGUGUGCGGGCCCGAGUCCCUGUUCAACAGCUCCAGCCUCUGCCGUGGCGGGGUCACCAUCUCCGGAAGCAGCAGCAGCAGCAACAUCCGGUCCAGCGGCUUCUGCAGCUCCAGCGUGGGCGGGGCCCGGGUCGUGGGCGGCGGGGACCUGCUGGGCGCCGGCUCCCGAGGGGGCUCGGUGCUGGUGGGCGAAGCCUGCGUUCCCAGCGUUCCCUGCCCGCUGCCCACCGAGGGCGGCUUCAGCAGCUGCAGCGGCGGCCGCAGUAGCCGCAGUUCCACCGUCCGCUUCGUGUCCACCACCACCUCCCACCGGACCAAGUACUGAGAGCAAGCGCUGGCCAGCCACCGCCCUCAGAAGAACCAUCUCCACGCCUUCUGCUUCUGUCCCCAAGGUGCCCAGAGUCAGGCUGGAGGGCGCUCUAGGUACCCCUCCUGCAGAGAAGCCAGGGGCUGCGCUGCCUGGUCUCUGUCCUCUGGGGGGAUUUUUUUCACCUCUUAGACACUCCAUCCACAGGCCCCAGAGGACUGGCUUUCUCCCUGACUCCCAGUUUCCUUUGGGUCACUCCUCACCACCCAGUCCAACAGCCUAAAGAAAGUACAAAAGCCAAUGUGUUGGGGGAGAAAUAGACCAGUUCAACGCCAAAAAGAAUGUGUCUGGGCACAUCACCAUCCUAGCUUUGGAUUAACUUCAAGAAUGGAGAGCUGGCUGUCCACAGAGCAGGGGUCCUCAGCCCACCAGCCUCUACUUCCCUGUCCUAACUUUCCCUGGCAGAAGGUUCUUUCCUCCUCUUCCUGACCCAGAAGGAGCCACUAUCUUCAGUGGCCCAAGGGAUCCCUGAGUCCCCAGAGAUGGUUCUUCUCCAAGUGGCAUUGGUCCUGGCUGCUUCUCUUCCUGGGGUGUUGGUUUAACCCCGGCACGCGAGUCCACGAGGUGGAUGGGUGCAGGUGGAGAGGCGGGCCCUGCAACACUCCAUGCCCCUGCUGGUGGUGUGAGGGGAGUCCAGCCUUCCACUGCAAGAGGGUUUAUGUCUGCAAGCUCCAAGGAGGCCUGGGCUGGGGUGGGUGCCUGUUUGUACUGCUCUUUGUGUUGCUGGAAUUUCAAUAAACUUGCA